UCCCUCUUCUAAUCCUAUCAUCUGCGUUCAAUCUGGGAGGUGCUUGCGACAUCUGAGCAAUAUUCAGUAUUUUUACCUUUCUCCCUAAUAUUUCUCAACGUCCAUUAUUUCGAGGGGGUUUCUCUUGUGAUCUCGCGGCCAAGCGCCGCUUUCUUACUCCGAAUAUGGCCUCUCAACUUCCGAUCCUCAAGCCGAAUGUGUCGGCAUCCGGAUCAUGGCCGUCGAUGUCAAAAUUCUUGAAGUCUCCCCUGCAUCGCACCGGACAGUCUUUCGCAACAAUAGGCUCCGCAAUCCAGGAUUCACGACGACGCCUGCACACGGAGACUUUUGCGCGCAAGUCGACGCCUUCUGAGGUUGUCGCCUUUGGAGUUUACAGCGCACCAGUACAUCGAUUGCCACGAUCUCUGCUCAGCAAAAGCUCUAUAUUUACUCCAUCGUCCUUCGCCGGCCGUCAUUGCCACCCACUGGCUUCCAAAACCUAUUCGACAUUGGCACCGCCGCUGAAUCGCACCCGCAAUGUUCUCAUUCCAAGUACCCUACAACAGCAACGCUUUAUCUUUGGAGGACCGUCCCAUAGUUUGCUGGCGCAGAAGGAAAAGACGGCGAACAACAACCCCAGUAGCGCCAACGCCCAAAAUGCGUUCUACCAAGCCCUUCUUCGAGCCAACAUGCCGGCGAUUGUAAUCGAACGGUACAGAAGCGGGCACUUCUCGAGUAAUGCAGUUUCGGAACAAAUCUACCUGAAAGCUCUGGAGCGUGUUGGCGGGGGUGUCUCAGCCCCGGCUGCAAAUCUCAAUCAAGGUCUGCGCUCUGAUCAGAUCCAAGCCGUUGGACAAGCUGUUGCAGCUCAGAACCAGGGCGGACAAAUCGGGAUUUCUUCUAAACAGUCUGGAACCGGUGCGAAAGAGGCCCCUCUGUAUGUUGUUGUGGAGGAGUCCCUAGGGAGUGCCGUGUUUCGCUGGGUUAAGUUCAUCGUUCUCUUCUGUGCUUUCGCCUACGCGUCGAUGAUCGUACUCUCAAUUGUCCUCGAAACAACUGGCGUUUUGAAGAAUAUCAAAGGCCCUCACAGCAACGAAGCGCAGCCGGAGCACCAAACUGUCCGCUUUAGUGAUGUUCAUGGUUGUGAUGAAGCAAAGGAUGAGCUCCAGGAACUAGUUGAGUUUUUGCUGAACCCGGAACGAUUUUCUUCACUCGGUGGCAAACUCCCCAAGGGAGUUUUGCUUGUUGGGCCUCCUGGAACUGGAAAGACUCUGCUAGCCCGUGCCGUUGCAGGCGAAGCCGGUGUCCCUUUCUUCUACAUGUCAGGCUCUGAGUUCGAUGAAGUGUAUGUAGGAGUUGGCGCCAAGCGGGUCCGUGAACUUUUCAACCAAGCCCGAAGCAAAUCUCCCGCGAUCAUUUUCAUUGACGAACUUGAUGCCAUUGGUGCAAAGAGAAAUGAACGAGAUGCUGCCUACGUGAAACAGACCCUGAAUCAGCUCCUAACCGAACUCGACGGAUUCUCUCAGUCUACCGGUGUUAUCAUCCUUGCCGCAACCAAUUAUCCUGAACUGCUUGACAAGGCCUUGACCCGUCCUGGUCGAUUUGAUAGAAAGGUCGUUGUUGACCUACCAGACGUUCGGGGACGCAUGGACAUCCUGAAGCAUCAUAUGAAGAAUGUGCAAAUCAGCACUGAUGUUGAUGUAGCAGUGAUCGCUCGUGGUACGAGCGGCUUCUCUGGUGCUGACUUGGAAAAUCUAGUCAACCAGGCCGCCAUUUUCGCCAGCAGGAAUAAGCAAUCUAAGGUCACUCCGAAAGAUUUUGACUAUGCCAAGGACAAAAUCAUCAUGGGUGCAGAGGCUCGCAGCAGGAUUAUCCAGGAUAAAGACAAGCUUUUGACCGCCUACCACGAGGCGGGGCAUGCUCUGGUUGCCUACUUCUCGCCGUCCUCUAUGCCUUUGUACAAAAUCACCAUCAUGCCUCGAGGAAUGUCUCUAGGUUCAACGCAUUUCUUGCCGGAAAUGGACAUGGUAUCUAAAAACUAUGUCCAGUAUCUAAGCGACAUCGACGUCUCCAUGGGCGGUAAGGUGGCUGAGGAGCUGAUCUAUGGGGAAGACAAGGUUACUAGUGGUAUCUCAGCGGACCUCGCGAGUGCGACGCGGACGGCCUUCACGCUCGUCACGCGUUUUGGCUACUCCAAGAAACUUGGAAACGUCGACCUGUACGCCAACUACGAUAGCCUAUCUUCCGAAACAAAGCAGGAAAUCGAAGCUGAAGUUCGGCGGUUGGUCGAGGAAGCUCGCCAGCGUGCCACCAACAUUUUGACCGAAAGGAGACAUGAACUAGAGUUGCUGACAAAGGCGCUGAUUAAGUAUGAAACAUUGACCAAGGAGGAAAUGGAGAAGGUUCUGAGGGGCGAAAGUCUCGACAGACUUGUCGUGCCGGCCGAUGCGCCUAUGAAACUACCUGAGCCUAUAAGUGCGACGAAUCUGAGCCCGAACCAAGGCGUGGAAGAAUCUGGGAACCGCGCGUCUGCAGAAUAGUCUUUUCCUCGUCUAUAUCUCUUAGAUUCACUUUCCCUUGUUGUUUUAUAUUUGUAUUUGUUCGAUAGUGACUGAAACGACCCUAGCCUAUACAUAGCAUGUUGGUAGGAGAGAAAGCAGGCAUCUCUCAACUACUCUACUGUACAACUAGCGAACAUAUGAGAAGUUCUGCAU